AUGUACACUUUUUACCUACUUCUGUUUGCAUGGCUUGCCUAUGUUCUCUCGGUGACAAUCCGAGCUAUUCGAACCAAGGUCCCCGGGCCGUGGUAUACAAACCUCACAAGCUUUGUGCUGAAGUACUUCGAGUUCCAGGGGAAGCGAAGAGUCUGGAUCCACAAGCUUCAUGAGACAUAUGGCCCGGUGGUCCGUCUGGCUCCCAAUGAAGUCGCUUUUGCGAAUCUGGAAGGAAUGAAAGAGAUCUACCAGAGUGGUGGUAGCGGCUACGACAAGACGGAAUUCUACAAUCUAUUCAAACAGUAUGGUCGACGUCCCAUGUUCGCACUGAUGAACAAGAAUGAACAUUCACAACGAAGAAAGCUCUUCGCGGAGAGAUAUGCAAUGACCAAUAUUAUGUCGUCUUCGAUCAUGCAUGGCAUCCAGCAGAAUGCGGAAAAGGUUGUUCAAAAAUGCCUCAAAUCUACUGGUAGCUAUCUGGACACUUAUACCGUCCUUCAUUGUUAUGCACUUGACUGUGCCUCGCAUGCCCUAUUCAAUCCAGCUGGCACAAAGUCCCUCGAUGAGAAAGAGGAUUAUGUGCUGAUGGAAGACCUUUCAUACGACAACCGGCUCCGGAGCAGACUAGUUCAGCAUCAUUGGCCCGCCCUGGCAUCUAUCAGGUAUUGCUUCACUCCGAAGCCCAUGAUGUCCCUAUCGCACAAGUUCGUCCUGGAUAGGGUAUCCCACUCCAAGACCGAAGACUCUUCUUUACUAUACAAACUACGAAGCAAGUCCGAGAAUCUCGAAAAGGUGCAGAUGGCUGCGGAGUGCAUGGAUCACUUGGCAGCUGGUAUUGACACAACAGGAGAUGCCCUUUGCUUCCUCAUGUAUGAGCUUUCACUUCCGCGAUCGCAGGAAAUCCAACAAUGUCUCCGGCAGGAAAUCAUGCAGAACCCUGGUGCUAGGCUUGAUGACUUGCCGUACAUGGAUGCAGUAAUCAAGGAAGGAUUGAGGCUCUUCCCGCCCAUUCCGAUGAGCCUUCCCAGAUAUGUGCCUCGAGAGGGCCGGACCAUCAGCGGCUAUCAGCUACCGGGAAGCUCGAUCGUCAGUUGCCAAGCGUAUUCGAUGCAUCUGAUGGACGACACUGUAUUUCCUAGUCCGUCCAAAUUCAUUCCCGAAAGAUGGCUUGAGAAGGAUGGCGAGUUGGAGAGAAACAGACUUUUCUUUGCAUUUGCUGCGGGCGGAAGAGGAUGUAUCGGGAAAAAUCUUGCUCUGGUCGAGAUGAAGACGCUCCUUCGAAGAAUUUAUGGAAGAUUUGAGACUGAGGUGGCGCUUGAAAUGAAGAGUGAUAUGUCCAUCGACGAUCAGAUUAUCGCUUCACGACCGAAGGAUCAGAAGUGCCUCCUUACUUUCCGAGAAGUGACACACUAA